AUCCGGUGGAAGAAGGAAACCCAUCUGGCGGAUUGAAAAGUAAUUCCCAAAUCCAUACAAGCUGAGGCGAAUCGGGAGCAAUCAUUUGGGAAUGACGAUGAAAGGGAACCAGAAAGAUCCGGAGAAGAUCAUCUGGGAUCAGAUGCGGAACCCAAACUUUGUCGCUGCUCCCGGUUCCCCAGCUCGGAUCCUCCCCAAGCUCAUGGUAUGGCUUGUCCUCUUCGUCACCGUCACCUACGUUUUCUACACCCUCAAGCUCCUCUCCACUUCCCAAGCCUGCGACGACGACCCCUUCUCCCACCACCACCGCCUCUCCCACGUUUCCCUCAGCGACAACCACUCCUCCUCCUACGAUGCGGGCACGGGAAUCGCUCUCCCGCGGCGGGAGAUCGAGGAGAUGCCGGAGAAGCAGGGGAUGGGUCUUCAGCACGUGGUGUUCGGCAUCGCGGCGUCGGCGAAGCUCUGGGAAAAGAGGAAGGAGUAUAUCAAGAUUUGAUACAAGGCCGACAGAAUGAAUGAAGUUGGCAGCGGUCUCCAGCGGCGGCGUCGCGGUCUCCAGCGGUGGAGGGGGUCGCGGUCUCCAGCGGCGGCGUCGUCUCCAGCAAGUGCAAACCCUAAUUAGAAACUGGAGUUUAGAAUUUCGGGGACAGGGAAGAAGGAGAAAGGGAAGUAAACAUAUAUAAUUUUUUUUAUUAUUAUUUACGUGGCAUUCCACGUGUACGUUUUGUUGAUGUGUCAAUGAUGUGUAGGUCGGUUUUCGUCCUCGUCAGCGUUCCGUCAAACGAUUUAACGGAGUCGCAGACGGUGUUAAAGUUUCUAACGGAUUUGGCUAGAUUUGUCACACUACCCUCAGUUUUUUGGGCUAUUUGUGGUUUUCGAAUAGAAAUGGCUAUAUUUG